AUGUCGGCCUCCAUGAACACCAUCUUGAUCGUCGGCGGAACCUCUGGCAUCGGAGAAGCUUGUGCCAAACGCUUCCAUGCAAUGGGCAAGAAGACGCUGUUCGCUACCUACCCGGACAUCGACACCGUCUGGGUCAAUGGCGGCUUGCAGUACAUUUCCGACAUCAAAGACGCCGCUUCCACGACAGACGCCAGGAUCGAGGGUGAAGUCUCGCUCAACGUUACUGCUCCAAUGGUCCUCGCUCAUCAUGUCAUUCCUCGCCUGAUCGAGAAGAAGACUGAAACGACGUUCAUGAUCACCAGCUCUGGUCUCGGCUUUGUGCCUGUUGGCAGUCUGUUCCCGGUGUACUGUGCGACCAAAGCCGCCGUGCAUUCGUACUGCGUUGGCAUCCGACAGGCGCUGAAGGCGACCAAUGUGAGCGUCCUGGAGCUGGUUCCGCCAUACGUUGGAGGCACGGAGCUGGUGCAAGACCAGGAGCAUGCGGACAAGAUCAAGGGCUUGAAGCCGUUGCCGAUGGAGGAUUUUGUGGAGGAGGUGUUCGAGGUGCUUGAGAAGAAUGCGGCGAAGGAUCUGAAGGAGGUUGCUGCUGGCUCGGCGGUUGGGCGAGUGGAGGCGUGGCGGUCGGGGAUCGGCGGCAUCCUCUCAAGCACUGGGCUGGGAGGAUGA